AUAUUUACCCGUUUUGGUUGAGACCCAUGUGGCGCGAUGCGGGUCCUUUUUACGGCCCUGCUGGCUGGCCGUUGCGUGGAGGUUGUGGCUCUGCCUCCGUUUGCCACAGAUGACAGUGCCGAGUGCGUUCACUUUCACAGGCCGGGCAGGAUCCUGGUCUACCAUGAGGACACGCCCAUCUUUCCCAUCGGCAUCUCCGUGCCAUCCGACAUGGUGAUGGACUCUAUUCCCAGAAAGGUGAGGGUGCAUGCCGACUUUGUGGGCAGCAGACGUGGGGGAGAGGCGUCCGAAUACAAAUUUGGGCCUAUGGAGGAGCAGAGGUACCAGGACUUCUACCGGCGCCACCGCUUCGCGGCGACCAAGCGGAAGGGUGGCUGGGAUGCCACGCGGCAUGCGGAGAUCCUCGCCAUGGGCACGGUGCCGACCUUUGCUGGCUUGGCCGAGGCGCCCUUCCUGGCGGUGCCCUUCGUGCCCAAGGCGAGGAUCCUGCGGGCCGAGGCCCAGCUGCUGCCCUAUUCCAAGCGUCUGGAGGCAGUCUACAACGCAACAGUUCAUCAACUCCUGGACCACACGAGGAGGUGCCUCACCGCGGAGUCUAUGGCUGCGCGAGUGCUGCGCGCCAUGGGCCUGUGGCCCACCUCGCGCCCGCUGCGGCUCCUGUACGUGACCUGCGGCUUUGGAUUCACCGGCAUAGGCGAUGGUUGGCAAGGCCCGGUGAGCAUUGGCAUCUUCCUGGGGCUGCAUGCGCUGCUGCGCCACAUCCCAGGCUCCCGCAUUGUGGAUGCGCCCGCCAUGGAUCCCAAUCCAGAGGUUUGGCCUGAGACGGUGCCUAGGUCCAACUUCUGGUACCUGGCCCGGGACAGCGAUCCCUGGAUUAGUGAGGAGGACCUUCGGUACAGGAUGUAUGGCUACGGCUUCUCCUAUGCCAGGAGGUUGUCCGCGGAGGAGUUGGCGACACAAGGCGAACGAGAUGGGGUGCCUGAGAGCUUGGCCAGGCAUCAGUUUGACGGCAUCAUCUACGGCAAGGUCGGUCCAGGACAGGCCUGCGACCCUUUGCCCUUCUUCGAUGAUGUGAUUUCGGCUGGAUAUCCAUUUGAGCGAGUGGCCCUCAUCUACGGCGGCGACUUCGGCCUGGAGACAAAGCAGGUGGCGCAGCACGCGCGCAUCUUCUCGGGCCACGGCCUCCUUUUCUUCCGGGAGAUGAUGGCGCCGCCGGCGGCCUUCCGGUGGGUCCCGGCGCGGGUCCUCCCGCGCGCCUGCUACGCGGACGUUCGCUGGAAGCAGUUCUUCCAGCUCUGGCGCCAGCGACUCGCCUGCUGGGCCUGCCGCGACGUGGACCUCGCGGUUUUGCAGCUCUGGGAGCCGCUGCGAGCCCUUUCGGAAGGAGUCCACUGGGCAGGCGCUCAUCUGCCGCCCUGCUGGAGCGGUUUGGUGCUGCUCGCAGUGCCCGUGCUGGCAGACGCGAUGCAGGCGGCAUCGCUGGAGACGAGAGACCUGCGCUGCAGAUUCUUCCGCUUGCAGCUGCGAAAGGCCUCCAAACGCCUGUCCUUUGCGCCAAGAAGGGGGCGCUGGCGCCUGCGUGUAGGCGCCGGGGCCUUCCGCGAAGCCUUUGGAGUGGCGCCCUGGGAGGUGGCGGCCUUGGUCGCCUCCGCCUGCGGAGGAGCUAACGGCGGCCUGUUCGACGCGCGCUUCACCGGAGAUGGCCGAGCGCUGCGGAAGCUGAGAGUGAAGGGAAAAGACAGCGAGGGCGAGUCAGAUGAACCCUGA